CUUCUUUCGAGGCCGUCUGUAGUUCGAGCUAGUCUAUCAGUGGAUCUUACUAAACCGGCUUAAAAAUGACAGAUGCGGAUGACGGCAUAAAAUUUGAGCCCAAAUCACUCUGCAUUAAAAUAACAGUAUGCAUGAUAGUGCUGCUGGUUGGGGCAGCCAUUUUUAUGGAGUUAGAACGAGAGAAAAAUGACUCCACUGGAGAGACUUACCAGGCGACGAUACUAAAACAAAGCUUGGCGGAAAAGUAUAACAUGAGUUUGACAGAUCUGAUGGAUUUAGAAGCUGCCUUCGAACAAGAAAGAAACAACAAGGAAGAAGCUGAGAGACUAAGUCGGUGGACCUACGGCAAUUCUCUCUUCUUCGCCUUUACAAUCAUGACAACCAUAGGUAAUUUUGAUAACAUCUUAUGAGCGGGGGAAAUUCAUUCUAGAAGCAAAAGUAUCCUUCUGAUUGUAGAGCAAAGAUGACUUACACUUGCCUUGGCCUACGUUUAAGUAAAAACGGCCUCGGCUUGGGUUCAAGAGUAUGAUAGUUCAGAUUUUAUUAAAUUCAGAUUCGGAUUUUAAUUACUGGUGUUAUGAUAUAAAAACUGGCUGAAAUAUUUAUUUCUGUCUUGCCACUACCUAAUAUUAAGGUAAGAUAACAAUCAAUGAUAUGUCUAUAUUUUUUAUCUUCCACAACUAUUCCAGACAUGACUCAAAUUAACUGUAACCUCAAGUCAGUUAUUCAUGAUUUGAUUUAUUUCCUGGCCUGCGAAAAGUGCAUCGUAGUUAUUUACGUCGAGUUACAAUUCUCGAGUUAUAAUGUCUUAACUAGUCAGCUGACUAGUCUAGAAGCUGGUCAUCGCCCACGUGAUGACUUGAAAUUUGCUGCAGUUGGACAAGCAGAUCAAAUGUUCGUCUGUGGAAAGAUCUUGUUUCAAAGCUAUAUUUUUACAAACUUGUGAUGUUUAUAAAGUGGUUGUGGCUUUUAGUUUAUACCUUUGAGCGUGUAAGAAGCGCUCAAAUAGUAGGGAAGAGACGAAGAGAAGAACAGAGGAAGUAACCAUCGCGAAGGGAAUCGAUCCAACAAGCGGCCCGGCUUCCCCAUACACUUCUCACUGCUCCCUAUUUUCUUACCAUAUUGCCGAAAUAUAUUUGAAUAUAUUUAACGUUACCAUGACAAAGAUUACGUUAACAAUAACCAAUGUAAUACUUUAAUACUACGCAAUUUUUGCAAAAAGAGUUGUGUAGUUAAAGAGAGACUACCUUCCUAACCGUUCUCUGAUGAGUGGGGAAAAUCCGAAAAGCAUGUAUGUAUCCCAUUGAGAAAGCGUUGCUAGGGAAUAGAAGAGACGGAAAGCCCGAUAGUGAAAUUUGGAAAGCAAAUAAAAUUUAAGCCGUCGUCGUCGAUAGUUUAUUUCUCUGCGUUAGAAGCCAUUUUUCUUCGCAAGCAAACAGUAAGUGCUAUGAUUCGACAUUAUUCUCUCUUGUUGUUAAAAGAACUUGAUAACACGAUUUUUGUUUUGAUUGUAAUGAUCAAUGACAAGGGAAAUAAACAACAAUACACGAAGUGAAAAGAACUAUACUCAUAACAUGAUAGCCCUGCACCACUUGCAACAGCGACGAGCGCCGGUAGGCCUGUGUCGCGUAACGUUGCAAAAAAUACUGAAACUACCGAACCAGGAGGCAAGUAAUCGGCUCCUGACCGAAGGUAUUCUACGACUCGGGCUGGGCCCAACGUUCGCCCGAAUAGUUCAGUUUCGUCUAACCCUUUCACUGCCAGAGUGUUUGAUGGAGUUUUGUACGGUAACUUAAACUUUCGAGUCUGCGAACGAAAUCCUAUGAUGUGACCAUUCAAAUGAAAGCUCUUUGCCUGUACUUUCACAUGGUGCUAAUUAUUUUUUAAAUUUAACAAAAGGAAAUUUGGUCGAAAUUUGCUGUUGGCUAAAUUCGGCAGUGAAAGGGCUAAAGAAAGCAAUCGCGCUUCCGUGUCUCAUGGUAAUGCUCUUUAAUUAACAGUUUUGCCUUUUCUCACUAUUUCAGGUUAUGGUCAUAUGUCGCCCCAUACCUGGCAAGGUCAGCUGUUCUGUAUAUUCUUCAGCCUCAUUUCCAUACCAGUCGCAGGUAUCAUGCUAAUUAGCGUGGGAAAUCACGUGAGUUUGGCUAUCCGCGUCUUCAUACGCUUCAUGGAGAAAACCUUUUUAAGUGGGGUGGAGUCGGGGCGUGCUGAGCUAAGAAGCAGUGUGGUCACCUUCUUGCUGUUCAUUCUCAUGGUCAUUUUUGGUGCUAUUCUGACGUCACACACAGAUAAUUGGUCUUUUAUGGAAGGGAUGUAUUUCUUCUUUAUUAGUGUCUCUACGAUUGGAUUCGGAGAUUACGUCGUCAAUGACGGCGAGCUGCGAUCGUCAGACCACAGCAAGACGAUCGCAGUCAAUUUUACCAUCGUGCUCAUUACCAUUGGCCUGUGUGUGUUGUCCAGCGUCCUGUGUUCUGUUAGCGCUUACAUCGAAGAGAGGCAGAAGCAAAUACGAAUGAGGAUACCUGAGACCCUUACAGCGACAAAUGCUAUCAAUGCAGCUAACGUAGCAUUGAAUACCGUCACAAGUAGCCUGCCAUUGAGGUUGUCAAAAAAGUUUAAAGGCAGAAUUACAGAGGGGGGAAAGUAUGAAGAAGACAUUAAUCAAAACGGAGAAGCGUCGUUGGGUAGUGAUCGCCAUCUGGCUCCGGUUUCGUAA